AUGGCAGGCAGUUCUUUAGAAGAUGAUAACCGAUUCAAUUUUAAUGCUAUUAAAUCUUUCCCAACUCUUGUGAAUGAUAAAAUAAAUGUUUUAAAAUUCUUGGAAGCAACAUCUGAUCUAAUUAUGGUAGUGGACCGUCUUGGAAGAGUUUUUGCACCUGUAAAAUAUGAUAUGCAAGGAAAUGUUGAUAAAAUAAAAAAUAAUUAUGAAUACAAUGAGGAUUCCUGUUUGCUAGAAUUAAUUUUAGAUGAAUAUUCUAAAGGAAAGAACACAGCGGCUGAAGGAGUUCUAUGGUUAAAUAGGGCACUGCUGUUUUUUGAAUUGCUGUUCCAAGAGAUGUUAGUAAGUCUUCAGGCAAAAGAUUAUGAAGUGAGCAUGAAAAAAAUAUUUACAGUUGCUUAUGAAGGUUCUGUAAAAAAGUAUCAUGGUUGGGUCACACAACAACUUUUUAAUUUUAUGUGUAAAAUGUCACCUACUUUUAUACAAAUCCUGAAAUCAUUUGAGGUUGAGAAUGAUCUCAAGGGCUUUGAAACACGAUUAGAAAAUUUUAAUUCAACUUUACAUGGUGUAAGAAGCAAAAUUGAUGAAUUUUUUGAAAUGAAUCCUAUUAGUGGAGUAUAA